UGCACAACCGCCUCGCACGCCGCUAGAACGCGUGCCUCUCAGAAGGCGCACGCGCACGCGUUACCCCCGCCGCUCCCCUCAAUAACACGUGCUCCAAGUUAUCACUCGUCAAUGAUAUUAUUCACCUUCUUUGAAGUCCAUAAUGCAAGAACAAAGUUCGUCUCGCUCUAGCAAAACUACAUUAAAUUCACUGGAGAGCGCUAUCAUUAAGCUGAAGAAUAACCUGCAAAUUCAAGAUAGCAAGACGACGGAUAUGAACACCUUACUAUCAGCUGACCCGCCAUCGCCACAUUUGGAUAUAAAACCAAACGCAAGUAAGAGUCCUACUUCAUCUUCAUCUACAAAUUUAAACUUGUCAGUAGCUUCUGCUGCACUGUUACAAGAAAACAUGUUACAGAGAUCUUUGCAAGGCGUAGUUAUAUCACUCCAAAAUGCAAUGAUGAAUUCGUUACAGCAAGCAGCACUAUUGCCGUCAAAUUCAGCAGCAGCAGCAGCAUUAAAUUUACAAGCAUUAGAAUCCUAUUUGACCUUACAACGCUUAACUUCAGUAUCCUCUGUAAAUAGUUCUAAUCCAAACACUUCAGAAAAUAGUUCUACUUCAAAGCAAGAUAUAUUAAGGAUAGCUACUGCGAGUGCAAAGAUUAAUGAAGUAGAUACAUCAGAAAAUACUUCAAGAGAUUUUUCUCCAAAAACUCCUGAAGAAUAUCCCCUCUCGGAUGCAAUUGCUGCUGAAGAUGUGGAUUUAUCAGAAGAAGUUGAGGAGGACCUUGCAUUAUUAGACAAUGAAGAGGACUUUACUUUAGAACAACAUUUAGAAUCCACCUCAAAAGGCUAUGGUUAUAAUUCACAAAACUUAGAUAAUGGGUACCCUAGUUUGUUGAUGAAUGCAAUGUAUCAACAGCAACUGAAUGGGAGCCCAUCACAGGCGCCCUUGUCGCCUCAAGCCUCAAAUUCAUCAAAGUCUACAAAUAGUUCAACAUCAUCUACAGGAAGUAGUAUAUCAAAUAAACAGAAAACUACUGGAAGUGGGCCAAGGACGAAAAAGCAGUUUAUAUGCAAAUUCUGCAAUCGACAGUUUACAAAAUCCUACAAUUUGCUUAUACACGAAAGAACCCAUACAGAUGAAAGACCGUAUUCUUGCGACAUAUGUGGCAAAGCUUUCCGACGGCAAGAUCAUCUGAGAGACCACAGAUACAUACACUCCAAGGAGAAGCCAUUCAAGUGUUUGGAAUGCGGUAAAGGAUUUUGUCAGUCCAGAACAUUAGCUGUUCAUAAAAUUUUACAUAUGGAAGAGUCGCCACACAAGUGUCCGGUUUGCAGUAGAAGUUUCAAUCAAAGAUCAAAUCUCAAAACCCACCUCUUAACGCAUACGGAUAUAAAACCAUACAAUUGUUCUUCUUGUGGGAAGGUAUUUAGAAGGAAUUGUGACUUGAGACGCCAUAGUUUGACGCACAAUCUCGUUGGCAUGUCUUCAGUAAACACAUCGCCAAGUAGAAGCAGUGGCAAGAGUCCGUUACUUAAUCCAAACUUUCCCAUUGAUAGUUUAGAUACAGAAGACGAGAAUUAGUGAAUAGUGAUUGAAUAUGAACAAGGUGAUUUAGUGGCGAAUGUUUUUAAAAGACUGAUUAUGCGCCUAUAAAAAUGAUGCCUUAUAGAUUUAAGAGAGAGCAACGAAGUAUAAGUCACCCGACACUAUUUUUUACUACAUUUUUACUACCAAUGUUUUAAAAUAUUUAAAGUGUCAUUAAAAAUGUUAGAUGCCAAAAUAUCAUGACAUUAAAGUUAUCUUCUUCAUAAUGAUACGCCCACAUGUUUUUGAUUAAUGAUAAUUGUCUAUUCCACUUAUUAUAAUAAAUUGAGACCCAAGCUUUCUUUAAAAAUCCCGUCGGAAAUAAGACAG